GUAAAGAAACUACCUCACUGGGAAUGUCAUCAUUACCAACUUCAAAUGGAUUUAACCAUCCAGCCCAUCCUUCAGGACAGAGUCCUGAGAUUGGUAAUCCUAUGAGUCUUGCUCACUCUGUCUCUGCUUCAGUCUGCCCUAUCAAGCCCAGUGACCCCAACAGCAUCGAACCUAAAGCUGUGAAGGCUUUGAAGGCUUCAGCUGAAUUCCAGAUAACCUCUGAAAAGAAAGAACAUCUUCCUCUGCAGGAUCUUUCUGAUAGUGCUUCUUCAGCAGACAGUGCUCCAGCAGAUCAGAGUCCAGCCAUGCCUUUGCGGAAUUCCUCUGAAGAAGCCAUUGUUGCCGAUAAUAUGGAGAAAUCUGCUGAUAGAAGCACCCAGGGCCUCAGAUCUCAUCUCCACACAAGACAGCAAGCUAGUGUAUCUGUCACAACUACUAGGGUGCAAGAACCACCGGGGUUUCUAGGUGAAAAGGGUUGGCAUCCAGAAAAUCAGAACCUGUGUCAGGUGAAUGGCCUUCAGCAGCACAAAGAACCAGGGAGUGAACAGCACGGGGUUGGACAACAGAAUGCUCUAAAUGACCGAGAACAUCUCUGUAACACAGAGGACUUUGAACUUCUUGGAGAAAGGCAACAGAAUCAACAAAGAAGUGUUGAUUUGGAAUCGACAAUGAAAGAAGACAGGCUACAACAGAAUGUGGACCUUCCAGGUACAGAGGAAAAUACUCUACCUUCAGGAUGCUUUGGCUGCUCAAACUCAGAAACACUUAUGGAAGUAGAUACAGUUGAAGAGUCCCUAGUUGCUGUGCUUAAUUCAGCAGAUGGUCAGCAUGCCAGUGUCAAGAACAUCGGUGCAUCUGCUCUCACCUUAGAUAAUCCCUUGAUGGAAGUAGAAACAUCAAAAUGUAACCCUUCGUCUGAAAUUUUGAGUAAUUCAGUUUGCACUCAGGAUUUACAGCUCCCAGACAGUAAUGUUGAAAUGUCUGGAACAAGUAAAGAAGAUGGGGAUUGCUCCCCCUCUUUAAGUCUUUGUGGCAGUUCUCAGCCCUCUGUGGAGUCAGCAGAGGAAUCUUGCUCAUCUUUAACAGCAGCCUUGAAGGAACUCCAUGAACUUCUGGUCAUUAGUAGUAAACCAGCUUCAGAAAAUAUAUCUGGGGAAGUUAUCUGUCAGUCCGAAAUGGUAACUGAGGGCCCAACAGUUAUUAAGGACCUUUCUGAAAGAUGGACCCAAAGUGAACAUCUUACAGCUACCCAGGAUAAAGAGCAUUCACAGGUCACCCUUCGUCAGAGCAUAUCUGUGUCAGUGAGGGCAGAGAACUUACCAGACACUUCAAAUGGUGCUGGAGUAGAUGCAGUAGAAAAUAGUACCGUAAGGGAUCCGGGCGAUGGCCUAGUACCGGAUAAGGAAAGUGUCCCCGAGCCUAGGGAAUCUGGAAAGGAGAGCAGCUCUGCCACUCUAGCCUCAGCUGAAACGUCUCAUCAGUCGCACUGCACCUUAGGUGUAGACAUUCCACCCAAACGCUUAGCUGGUGAGGAGGAUGCAGUCAGUCACACUUGUGAGCAAGCGAAGUCCUUGUCCAAUUUCAUACUGGUUCAAGAUUUGGGCCAGGGCACACACAAGCCAGUGCCAGACAGGCCUGAGACCAGAGAAGAUGUCUGUCCCGAAGCUGCAGGACCACUUCUUGAAUGUGAACCGCCUCCCAGCCAGCCAUCAAGUCCCUCCAUUCUUUCACCAUUAAUUUUCCCCGCCGCAGACAUUGACCGCAUUCUCCGUGCCGGCUUCACUUUGCAGGAAGCUCUUGGGGCUUUGCAUCGAGUUGGUGGAAAUGCAGACCUUGCACUUCUUGUUUUGCUAGCAAAGAACAUUGUAGUUCCUACAUAACCAUGGAAAAGGGGGCUAGACCAUACUCCAUUCCCUUUAAAAAAGCUAUACACGCACACACACACACGCACACACUCACCACAUAUACAGAAUAUGUAGAAACCUGCAAGCAGAAUGUUGAGCCAGAUUUUUUUUAAGGAUUUUUUUCGGCCAAAGUAACUUAUCUCUUGUCUGAUGAAUUUGUCUAUUCUCUUUGUUAAAAUUUGGGCCUUUUUAAAUGUAUUGGCAGUAAUGUGCAUACAAAAGCUUUUUAUUAUCAUUAAGAUGAUGUAUUCUGGAAUAAAAUUGAUGGUUUUGUGUAUAGCAUACCAUUUUAGAAUGAGAGUGAAUGCUUUAAAAAGCAGAAGCCAUGAGAAGUCCCACCUCCCAUGCAGCUAGAAGCAAAUCAGCUUCCCAUUUUGGCUGUGUAUGUGCUGUAGGCAAGGUAUGGCUUGUUGGCUCAGUUGUCCAUUUACAAACUGGAUCACAUGGUUUGGUGUUUGGAAUUACACUUAGUGCUCUGUGUAUUGAUGAAUCAUCAGUUAUAACAGAAAAUUGAGGAAUAGUUGAAUAAUAUCUCUUAGAGUGGUAUGUUUUUAUUUGUUUGGUUAGGAUUUGACCUUUUUAUGGGAUGAGGUGGGAGGGUUUAGAACUUGGGCUGCUUUGUGCAUCAUAGGCUGCUGCAUGGAUUGCCAAGUAUUUGGGGUGGGGCACUGGGGGGGGGAGCGGGGGAGUCAACAUCAGAGUGAAACAUGGUGCUACCCAGAUAAGAAAAGGGAAGAGUCUGUAAUUCCAUUUGCAAAUGUCCUGGUGAUGUUUCAAGAACUAGGAGUGAAAAAUGGCCGAAACACUGGAAUUGAUUAGAGAGUGGGUUUGCUAGCAUCUUACUGAUCACACCUCAACCUUUAGUGAUUAAUGAGGAACUUAAAGAUCUGCUAAUGGGUUGAUUGCCAGAAGUUUAUUUCCUUUGGAAGCUCAUCUACUAGGAACUUGUAAAGCUCAGGUUGAGCUGUGAUCUGAGUGAAAUAUUAUGAAGUGGGAUAACCUUGUCACUGGUUCAUCUUGGUGCUUGGAAUGGUCAGUCUCUUUGUUGAGUGUCCUUCAUGGCACCGGAAAUAGUAACUGCAGUUUCUGACUCAAGUGGCCUUGGGUAGAGAUUUCCAUCCCUUUCUUUCCUCAGGAGUUUCUUUUUUAAAGCAAGAUGCAUCAUAUUUGUGUUUACCAUGUCAAGGUAGAGUGGGGCAUAGUAUAUAGAUGUAUUUAUUGUGGCCUUUUUUUAUAUGAGGACUAGCCCUUGGAAACCAUUGUCCUGUGGGCCCCACUGUGCAAUAAUCCUACUGGAUAGGUUUUAGGUAGUUUUUCCUGGAAAAUAAACUCUCUUACGUACCUAGCAGGAAUCCAAAAUCUUGGUUUUAUUGAAAAGAAUCUUGAGAAUAACUCCCGAUUCCAAGUUGUGGUUCGCAGUGUGUUUGAAACAGAUGCUUUGAAAGGGUGAUUCGUGAACUUAGUGUUAAAUGAUUUUUGUCUAAAGUCUUACUCUCUUCGGAAGCUUAUUCUUUCCAUCAAAAUUCGAGUCAUUGAGCACAAUCAAAAUGGAGGCUCAUAUCUCAGGAGUUUUUGAAAUUUUUAUUUGGGGGCACUUAGAGACGUUUCUCUUCUACCCUAUUCCAUCUUUUCCUUUUGCUGUGAUAUUUGUCUGUGUGUUAAUGAGACUUUAGUGAUGUGAUAGAAAGUCACAUAGAUUCAUCAUGAUCUGAAGUUAGGAGAUGGUUGACAGAAGGAGUUGUGGUUUACUGUUUUCAAGAGGGCAUUCAGAACAGCGGGUCAGCCAGGUUGUCUUUAAGAUGUUCUUUUAGACAAUCACAUGUCGCAGACCCUUUUGCCUGCCCCACACCAAAGAUGUAAGAUGCACUAGGAAACUGCAUAUAGGAUUUCUGUCAACCGACUCUUAGAGCUGUGAUUGUAAUUAAGUAGUUGGUGCUAUGAUUGAAGCAAAAUCUAGUAGCAAUGCAAUGGCCCCUGUAUUUGCUUUAUGGGUGGUAAUUGGGAAUUUAUUCUAAGCUUAUAAAUCUUUUAAGGUUGCGAAGUGGGUUUGGUGUGAGGUGGGGGAAGUUAUCGAUGAAAACAGACUCCUCCAAAAAGGCCUCUGCGUGAAGAUGGGCCUCAUAGUCUUCUGUCUGGGUAGUGACGUACUGCUCAGAGGCUUGGCUGCUCAGUUUUCACAGUGCAGAGAUUUGGGAAUCAAUCCCAGGUGGAAUAUAGAAUAUCAGCCUGGAAAAGGUUUUAUUAUAAUAGCUUUUUACUACAUAUGUAUAUUUAUUUUUAGGAGAAAAUUGAAUAGGCCUAUAGUUGUACAUGUAUUCUUGUUAGUAGUGCUUUGAAUGAAUGAGCUGAACCCACUUGCCAAAUAUCCUGGUCCUUUUUCAUCAUUUAUUUUUCAGUGUAUAAUUGCUUCGAUUUUUAAAACCUUAUUUCCUGUUCCAUCAUUUGUAUGAAAGUGAAGUUGUUGACAUUGUUAGGAUCUUGAAUCAUUCUUAAAUUUUGCAGUUCUUAAAACACAAAGGGAAUUAAGGAACAUGACACUAGUGAACCUUCAUUGUCAGUUUUUUUGAAAGUGCAGACAUUUGGGGCGCCUGGCUGGCUCAGUCGGAAGAAUAUGCGACUCUUGAUCCCAGGGUCGUGAGUUCGAGCCUCACGUUGGAUGUAGAGAUUAUUUAAAAAAAAAAAAAAGUUAAAAUAACCUUUUUUUAAAAAGUGAAGAAAUUCAAGAUUAACUUCUCUUAAAGUAAGAUAAAAUCAUUGUGAACUCCUCUGGUUGCUAAAAUACUGAUACUGGUCAGCCAUAAGCAGUAAUGGGCCACUUUACUGACAGCUUCUUUGCCACAACCAGUAAUGGACGGUUCUGUGGUCAGCACUCACGUCCAAGGGUGGUCUCUGUUUAUUCACCAAAGAGAGGAGAAGAUUGUCCUGUAUGACUUCUGCAGUUUACCCUAAGUUGAUGCGCGUGUGCAGCAAUGUGCUUGGUGACCUGACAGCUGUGCUGAGGCUGUAGAUUUUGCUCAUUGGAGCUGAUAAGAAUGAUUUCCACUUGGACCUGUUUAGGCCUCCAGACAUCAGCCAGUAGCCUUCAUCCCACAGUUUGGGCCUUAGCCAUUAACAUAUAAAGAUAACCAGUUGCUUGGCAAAGAGAACGGGAUAGAUGGUGGGUGUGUGUUAAAACUGUUCUGCCUUGGAGCCUAUGAAACCUCCCAGAGCUCCUCGUCUCCAUAUGUACUAAAGGAAGACACAACCCAUGUGUUUUUUCCCAAAGCAAUUCUCUAGCAAGAGAGGGUUGCAUAAAAAUGGAAAGAUACAUGAGACUCUGUGUCACCGAUUUUAUAACUAGUUAAAAUGGAAUCUGCCUGUUCUUCCCUUAGCACAGCUUUCUAUCUCUAGUAAAAGCCAUAAAAACUUAGUUGAUUUAACCAUCAGCUCGUGUGUGUGUGUGUGUGUGAGUGAUUGACAAAUAUCCUACAGUUAAUUUUACAUAGACUGAAAAGCAAACAGUUUUUGUAUCUACAGAUAUAUUCUCCACUUACAGUGGCUUUUAUCCGACGAUAUAUAUAAAAACAGCCUUGCAAAUAACUGGCCAGGAAAGUUCCAGUGCAUUCUGACUUCCUUUUCCUACCUGUUUGCCGCCUGUAAUGAGAGCAAGCAGGAUAAUUGAACUGCGAUGUAUUUCAAACUUGUUAUCACUGGUAACAUAUCCUAAGAUAAGCUAAUUAGAUUAUGCAUUCUUCUGUUCUCUAGCACAAAUACCAAAACGCCAAAUUUCUCCUUUGAAUUUGGUGACUUAGUAUAGUCUGUGGCUGAACUAGAAAGAAACAAGUUAUUAGGAGUUUCCUUUCCCAGAAGAUGGAAUGUUAACCUUUUUGUAUUAGGAGUUCCAUAAAAAUAAAAAAAAUAGCUUUUUUUCUGAAAGAAUAAAAAACUCCAGUUCCUCUUAACAACGGAGUAAAUUCGAAGCGUGUCCUUGAGAACUAGAAAUGUAAAAUCAUGGCUUAAGUUGUGUACCUUAGAGGCCUCUCAGUGUUAGUGAGGUGUUCCUAGGAGUUCAUUGAAUAAAUAAUUUAGGGGUAAACCUUUGAUGUACUUGAUUUUCUCUUGUGCCUUAGUUUCUCCAAAUAGCAGAAGCAUCACAUUUUGGUGGGAAAUAAAAGUGGAAGUAUCGGAGGGAAAGUUUGAAAAUGUCCUUCCUAAAGAUAGAGGCUAUGCAUGGAGUGGUCUUAAGACUCACCCUCAUUGUUAAUUCAGAAUUAUCCUGCAUCAAAUCUUUAGACUUCCCUAGAUAGAAGAAUUAUAAUAGGGCUUUUUUGCAUCGAGAGUACCAAAAAAAAUGGUUUCUAGAUGUUUAUUAUGUUGUUUGUUGCACUAUCUAUAUUGUGGUGGUUAAGACAGAAUUCAAGAAAAUCUGGUACUCUUGAAGGCUAUACAGUAUGAGUCUUUAAAUAAGAUUUCAUUGAUUCAUGGGGUACCUGCCUGGCUCAGUCAUUAGAACAUGCAACUCUUGAUCUUAGGAUUGUGAGUUUGAGCCCCACAUUGGGGGUAGAGUUUACUUUAAAAAAAAAAAAGUGUGUAUUGAUUUAUUCAUCAGACAUUAAGUGCCUGUGUGCCCAGUACUGGGGAGCACUGGGGAUACAGGGGUGACUAAAUCAGAUUGGAAGGCUGCCCUCAUGAAGUUCUGUCUAGUAAAGAGACAUGAAACAAAUUUUAGCCUUAAGAAGAGCAAGAUCUGUUUUUGCCUGUUAGCAUGGUUUUAUUUUCCAAAGUCAUAUUAGAAUGAUCUGGUUCAAAUUCAGAGGAGAUUGGGAAAAUUGGGCUCAAAAUGGAAUAAGAUGCUGUGAGCCUCAAACUGCUCUAAAAAGUCAUUACUUUUUAAUAGAAUCAGAAACCAACAAAAAAUGUUCCAACAUUUGAUAGAAAUACUUGAAGAGAUCAGUAUAAAUGAUUUGGAAAUAAUUUAUGCUGCCGGGGGACAAGGGGAAAUGGGCAGGAUAGAAGUGCAAGUAAAUGGGAGAUGAUCGCAAGUACACACCAGUGACAGCUUUUCCUCCCAUCAGGAUACCCUUCCACGCAGGAUAGAAAUGUGGAGUGUGCUGCGGCAUCCUCCCCACUCCCUCUUUGAGCACGGCUGCUCUGGAAUACAGACCAUCUGGGCCAACGGGACUUAGCAGAGGAUCCUGCAGGAUUUGCUGUUUUAAAAGAAGCUGAGUGCAGGAUGUGGAAAUGGGAAUCUAGAGCAGAAAACGUAGCAAGCGAUGGCACCGGAUGGUGGGCAGGAUUAUUGACAAGAAGAUUACCCAGGGCUCUACCAAAUCUUUGACAGGACAGGUCCAUCAAAAGGACAUUCUUCGACCCAUUAUUUAAAAUGUCACCAUGUAUGUUGUAAUCCUGAGGCAUACAGGUAGAAUUUCUGGACCUGACUACUAGUGACUUCUGAGGCUUAAAAUUAGAAAACUCAAAAGUUUAUCAGAUAUGUAUUGGUAACUGGUAAUCUAGACCCUCUCGGGGCUGUAAAAGGUGAGAGGGAUUUAGCUGGUAAGUUUCAGGGCGCAAUUUUGAGGAAUGAAAUCUACAGAGAAAAUGGUUCAAGGGUGUAGGAGUUAGAGAAUGUUUCUUUUAUCUAAAAAAGUUAGGCAGAUGACAGAAGACCUGGGGUGGUGGGGGCGUAGAACACAAAAUUAGAUUUUUACAGAACUGUAUUUCUUUAAAUACGUAAAUAAGAACGUUCUCGUUAGCCAACUUGGGGAAGGGGCAUGUUGGAUAUUUUUCCCUGGGAAAAUCCAUGUCUGAUGGGAAAAGAUUUUGUUUACCAGGAGCUUGCUUUACACACAACCUUGAAUGAAUGCAUUUGUGGCUUAAAGGGAGGAGACCUCUCUCAAUCUCCUACCAGAGGCAGUCAGAUCAGCCAGUUGGUUUCCAGAUUUUCCAGAUUCCUUCAGCCUGAGAUUACCUGAUGCUGACCAGACUUCUUUUUCUUUCCCUGAAGGCCCCACAGCUUUCUGAGUGUAUGCCUCCUAUCUUGAGACCUUUCUCUCUGAAUUAUUAUAUUCCAUUCUCUAUUCUCACGAUCAUCCUUUUGAAAUAGUGAUGCACUCAGAGCAGUUGAACAUACCGAUUAUAUUGCUUUCUUCACUGUGCACCUGCAAUGAAAAUUGAUUUGCUCGUUUUUAUUCAGAAUCUCGUCUUCAUGGCAAGUUGGGCUAAUGGCCUUCACUCUCGAGUAAGGUUUGUUUACCAGUUUUGUAGCCAUAUUUGGCAAAUCUUAGCAAAUAGAAACCCUUCUUUUCCCCUUUGUUCUUGCAAUUGCUCAUGUAUUGCUUUUCUGACUUUUCUUUGAGCUUUGAGACUACUGCAUCUUUAAAAAAACUAGGCGGAUUGGCAAAACAGGCUUGCCAAUAGCUUAGUCACUCCCAUAGUGCUUUGGUUUUGAGAGUUGGGAAAACUCUGAGAACUUAAGAGAACCAAACUCAGGAAUCCCACAGUUGGCUGCACUGUGCCCUUGGUUUAGGGGCUGGACAUAGGACCUGUCUGCAGCUGAGUGAACUAGAUGCAUUUGGGUUUGAGUUUUUUGUCACAUACUGAAAUGUUAAGUCAGCCCUAAAUAAUCGAAACACUUUAUUUUUCUUUUUUUAAUAGGAACUUUCUGAAGAAAAAGUGAUGUGUAAAACAUUUGAUAUUUAAGACAAUAAAGUUUUUAUCAUAAGA